CUGCAGUCUUUUAUUGCCAUGGCCGUCAAUAUAAACACUAUAUAAGAAUGUGUCUCCCCUUUUUGCUCUUGGAGAAUGCUAAGAAUUGACCUUCACAAGAUGGCGCCUUUUCCAGCACAACAGUGGCCACACCCGGGCUCGGUGCAGGGGCACACAGGGUACAUUUUAGUUUCCAAAUAUAAUAUAUAACACUCUAAUCUGUAGUCGUCGUUUAGUUUUUAUAAAAAUAGAUUCAUCCAGUCCUCGUUACCCGGAUCCCCGAUUCAAAACUCAGCUCUCAGAUCACGUGACACCGGGUGAAGCAUCAUUAAAUAUAAUAGUGGAUUAUGGCAAAGAUGCAGCUCUCCUUUUGUGUAAAGGUAAAGUAAACGCUUCUGUAUUUUCACAUUUCUGUUGGGGGCUAGCGGUAAAUUGCAUACGUUUCAAACAAAAAUCUUAUUCGGGGAUAUAUUUCCAUGUGGUAAUAAAAAUACUAUUAACUAAAAGGUUCAACUAUAACAGUUUCCUUCAGUUUUCUUGAACAUAUUUGUAGGAUUCGGUAUUUGGCUGAAUCUUUUGAGAUGGAUUCAGUAGUCAUCCAAAUCCCAAAUCCUUGGAUUGGGUGCAUCCCUACAUGGGACUGACCUCUGCAGUCACUAAAUGGUAUAUUGAGCUCGUCAGGCCUUUCUAAAAUUGCAUUGGAUAAACUGAGACCAGUUGUUUCAGCACCACCAGGAACCCCAAGAAAUGUUCUUUCAUUUCUGGCUUUUCAUCAAUUGCAGCUGUUCUUAUUGUCACAGACAUCGGUUCCUGAUGGCUGACAUCAGGGGUGCAGUCGAAGAUUAUAAAUAGUAUUUUGACUCCUUCACUUGUGUCACAAUUUUUUGAAGCAGUUUGUUGCUGACUGCUUUAAUCAAUUCAUUCUGAAUAUCUUUCCCUAAAUAGUGAGCAUGGGACUUACCCCUUUGAACACGUCCUACAUGCUGUUCCAUUACUGGAUCAAACUUAGCAAGCAGUUCCACUUCUUUCAGGAAGUUUGCAUUGUUUGGCAUGUAUAAAGUCUCUGAAGAAGCACGGAAAGCAAGGUUUCUUUCUGCAAGUGACUGUACAAUUGAAAUCAGGGUUAAGGAUCCUGAAAACUUGAUAACGAGUGCCAACAGUGCUCAAGUACAAUUCCCCUGCAAGUGGGACAUUGGCUUCAGGUUCCUCCGAUCAGCCGAUCCGUGUUUAUUCAGAUCACCAGCCUGGUAAAGCAGGAGCAAUGGCUUCAGGAGGUGAAGGAACAUCAGCUGGAUUUGCUGUGUCUAGUAUGCAGGGGCAGGACCAGGGCAGGUCCUCUGAGCUGAGGGUGGUGCUGCUUGGGAAGACAGGAGAUGGGAAGAGUGCCUCUGGAAACACCAUCCUGGGCAGUAAGGAGUUUGAAUCUAAAAUCAGCUCCUCCUCAACAACAAGGAAGUGUGAGAAGAAAACCUCUGUCGUUGCUGGGAGAACGGUUUCUGUGAUCGACACUCCAGGAAUCUUCAACACAGAUCUCUCUGAAGACGAGGUUAAAGAGGAGAUUGCGCGAUGCAUCUCCCUGUGCUCCCCGGGACCCCACGCGUUCAUCCUGGUGAUGCCGGUGGGGCGAUACACGGAGCACAAGCGCGAAACAGUGCAGGAAAUCCAGAAGAUGUUUAGUGAGGAAGUUAUGAGGUUCACCAUCAUUCUCUUCACUAGAUCGAAUGAACUAAAAAAGGACAAGACUAUCGAGGAGUACAUUCAGAGAGGCAGCCAGGAGCUCAGAGAGCUGGUUAGAAAGUGCGGGGGGUAUCACGCCUUCAACAAUAAAAACAAGCAGGAUCGCACCCAGGUCACUGCGCUGCUGGAGAAAAUAGAGAGCAUGGUGGCUCUGAACGGAGGCAGCCACUACACUGAUGAGAUGUACCAGCAGGCAGAAACAGCGAUCAAACAAGAGCAGGUUAGUAAAGGAAUAAGCAGAGAAGAGGCUGAAAAUUCCAACAGCUUCAUUAGGAGAUUGACGACCGUACUGACAGGCGCGGCAGUGGGAGCUGGUCUGGGGAUCUUAUUGGGAGGGGGGCUAGCAUGUAUUGCAGGUGGGGCAGCAGUGGUACCAGGGGCAGUGACGUUAGGGGUAUUAGGGGGAGUAGUUGGAGCGUCAAUUGGAUCAGAAGCAUCAGGGCCAGGCGAUGCAGUACAGAGAGUGAUCAAAGCAAUAGCAGACAUAAAACAGGAAGCAGUCGAUACAAUGAAAACAGUAGCUGUGCCUGAACACCGCAAGCAACAAUAGAAGCAACAUGUGCAGCCUAAUGCAAGCUUACCAUGGCGGAUUUAUCAUGCUGCUUACCCCAUGGUUUAAACACACUUUCACUGCUGUACUAUACUGUACCAUGGGAAUGAGACAUCAUAAGAAAUGUUUACUAUGGUUAACUAUUGUAAGAGGUUCAAUUUCUUCUGAAAAAUAAUUAAUCUUCUUCAGGUAAACAAAAUAGUUUAUUCAGGAAUCAAAAUGCAAACAGGAACAAAGAAUCCAAGGUGACACACCAGUGAUCUCACACACACGUGUCAGCUGAUGGUGUUCUGAGCUGCAUCAGUGGAGAUGUUAGUUACUUCUGAGCUGAGCUGAGCUUUCAUGGCAUCAGCGACGUUGUUUUCUUUCUGAGUUGGCAUGAUGCAGAGAUGUUGGUUUCUGAGCUGCAUCAGUGAAGAUGUUAGUUACUUCUGAGCCGAGCUGAGCUUUCAUGGCAUCAGAGACGUUGUUUUCUUUCUGAGUCGGCAUGAUGCAGAGAUGUUGGUUUCUGAGCUGCAUCAGUGGAGAUGUUAGUUACUUCUGAGCUGAGCUGAGCUUUCAUGGCAUCAGAGACAUUGUUUUCUUUGAGUCGGCAUGAUGCAGAGAUGUUGGUUUCUGAGCUGCAUCAGUGGAGAUGUUAGUUACUUCUGAGCCGAGCUGAGCUUUCAUGGCAUCAGAGACGUUUUCUUUCUGAGUCGGCAUGAUGCAGAGAUGUUGGUUUCUGAGCUGCAUCAGUGGAGAUGUUAGUUACUUCUGAGCUGAGCUGAGCUUUCAUGGCAUCAGAGACAUUGUUUUCUUUCUGAGUCGGCAUGAUGCAGAGAUGUUGGUUUCUGAGCUGCAUCAGUGGAGAUGUUCGUUUCUGGGCUGAGCUGACCAAAGAAAUACAGCACGGCGAUACAGCUAGCUUACGUAAUUUCCUUGACAGAGUACAACAUGGAGAACCAGUGCAGUGAAUUCUCAUUGAAUUCCACAUUCCAGUUUGAACCGCUUCCUCAGAUGGAGAUCAGUGUGUCUGGCAGACAUGAAGUGAAAGAGAGGUGAUCAUUAGUAAUGACGGGUUUGUUAAACUGGGCUUUCAUGUCUUUGGAUGGAUGUUUUUAUUUACAUGUGUUUCUAUUUUCAAAUCAGUUAAAAUAUCUAGAAUAUAUAGGUUGAAUACAAUUUUAAGAGCCAAGUAACGAAUUAUUUUUCAGUUUUAAUUUCUCAUCUUAAAACAUUCAAUAGUUUGACAAUUCAGUGAAUUCAUCUGAACUAUAAACAGCAAUGAUACAACUGCAUCUCUCUCUUGGUUUUUGUUUCUGGUUACAUUUUAAUUUCAGCUUUUCAGCAACAAGAUAAAAUGUAACCUUGUUUUGUUUCAAUGUGCUUGUAUAUUUUGUUUAAUCAGAUAAAAUGGAAUCAAAUGUA